GGCAAAAGUAGAGCACAUGAAAAUUUUCUGAAUUUCAAUCUAAGUACAAUUGUAAAAUAUACUGAUUGCUAAAACGAUCACCACAAGAUUAUGAGAAGUACUGUCGAUCGCGUGAUACCACUAACAUUUGCUAUACUAUCUUCGCUCUUAUGACCUGGAAAUAAGGUGUUCAAUUAGUAUGCACUCGGACAAAAACAACAAAUCUAAUACUAUAAACUUAUUACCCAAUGAUGGCUAACUAUGUUAUUCUUCUUCAUAUAUUUGAACCACCCGAUCAUACGCCCUUUGACCUUCUUUCUAAAAAGGUAGGAACCUGUCGCAUAAGUGAUAUUGAUGUGAGGUGACGCAGGAGUUCCCUUGAAUGCUCUCUCAUUGCAACCCAGCCGCUUUAAGGAUGUCCGAUCCUUAUACCAGGGUAUUACGCGCCAAAACGCUCUUUGAAAUGGACGACUUCAAUCUAUAACGCGUGCGCAAGCGCUGAAUGUAAGCUAAGUACAUCCAGUAUGUAUCAAAGCCGGUUGAAUAAAGACGCGCGCUAGAAAUUGUAUUAAAAUAUAAUUUUCUUCCGAGAUCACUUUUUAACUGAACAAGUGUAAUAAAUCCUAUAAGACCUUCAUUCUCAAUAAACAUUUUAAAAAUUUAACAGUUGUUACUACAGAUUUCCUCAAGAAUCCAUUCUAAAUUAAUUAACAAUAAGACAAAUAGUUUCCAAUAAUAGAAAUAAUAAUCAUUUAUUUUUAAGAAUUAAAUUAAGUGUAACUUCAUGUAUGUAUCAACAGACAACAUGUAAAUGUUUAUAAAAUAUGUUAAUGAUAAUCGGAACGAAUUCGAACGAUGUUUAUGAUAGUGUUGACGGUGAAAUAUUUUUUUAAAACGCAAAGGUGACAAUGUCUUCUUGGGCCAAGGAGCUCGAUGAGGCUGCAGAGCUGGCCACGAGGACUGGCCACUGGCAUGUGGUCCUAUUCUAUUUACUCUGUGGUCUGGCUGCUAUACCCACCGCUUUCUUGGUCUUCUCGCAGGUCUUCACGAAUGGCACCCCUGAGCACUGGUGCGCACCUCCACCGGAGCUUGAGAGCCUUUUGCUUCCUGACGAAUUUCUCCGCUUCCUGACCGUGCCCAAAGACCAGGGCGUCUACGAGUCCUGUCGAGCGUACUCCGUGGACCCGAGGGCUCUAUACGCUGCGCUGAAUGAGUACAUCGAUGAGAGGUCGGAAUUAAUCAGAGAAGGUGGUGCGUUAAGGAUGGUGACCAUUCGUCAAUUAGUGCCAGCUAUGGGAGAGGCCGAAAGGAAACAACAGAUCACAAAGGUGAAAGAGGCUAUUCUUACACUGAGAAGUAAAGAGCCUGAAGCUUGUGCACAUGGUUGGAGAUUCAGCAAAGAGCAUUAUCUAAAAACGCUUGUUACCGAAUACUCCCUGGUCUGUGAUAGUGCCUGGAUGCCAACAACCGGUACUGCUCUGUUUUGGGUGGGCUCCGUGUUUGGUAACCUGAUCUUUGGAUCGAUAUCAGAUAGGUAUGGUCGUCGUCCAACGAUUUUGCUUAUGAUACUGCUGGAGGUGCCACUGUCCAUAGCUGCGUCAUUCCCCUCAACAUAUUGGUCUUAUGCUGGAAUCAGGGUAAUUUGUGGGCUGUUCUUCCCGGCUUUGUAUCAGCAGCCAUUUAUAUUGGCAUUGGAAUUGAUGCCACCCAAUAAAAGACCUUAUACUGGAAUUUUUGUUGGAAUGCUAUUUGCGAGUGGAAUGUGUCUACUAGCAUUAGUUGCCUUUGCGAUAAGAGAUUGGUUUUAUUUAUCACUUGCCACAAGUCUGCCGUUCGUAUUUCUUUUUGGAUAUUAUUGGCUCUUACCAGAAUCACCAAGAUGGCUUGUUGGGCGCGGUCGGAUUGCCAAAGCUGAAAAAGUAUACAGGGAUUUGGCAAAAAAGAAUGGGAUAAAUUUACCUCGUGGAUUCCUAAUGGAGUUACACAAAAAACUUAGAGAUGAAGAAGCAGACAUAACAUUGCUUUCUAAUGGUAAUGGACAUAUUAUGGGUUUCCCUGACAUACCAGAAAAGAAUAACUACGACAGAAGAAUAAGCAAUAUGCUUACUUUCAAACCAGAUAUAAGUAUAAUUAACGAUACAGAAGUUGCAAAUAAAGUAGAUCAUUUAGAAAAAAUAAUAGCCCUUGAAGUGGCUGAGAUAGUUAAUAAGAAAGCAAAGUUAAGAAAAGAUGAGGAAACUGAUGAAUCAAUAGAUGACAAUUCUAAUGAAGAACCGUUACUAAACCGUGAUAUAACACAAAAAUCUACACAAACUGAUCCUUACAAAAAAUCUCCAACAAACACAUUAAGAAAAAAAUCUAUCCAACUGGUAUCUAAAAUAUUCAUGGCAGAGGACGAUGAGGAAGAUGCAAUAGAAAAUAAAAGAAUGGAUGAUCAAAAUUCUGAAGGAGAUUGCAAAGCUUCUCCGCUGGAUAUUUUCAGAUAUCCAAAUAUUAGAAAGAAAUUCUUUCUUUUGUCAUUCAACUGGGUAGCAAUAGGCGUUGUGUAUAAUAGUUUAAGUUAUAAUACACCUAACUUAGGAGUUGAUGACUACUUAGCUUUUUUCAUAGGGGGAGCUGUAGAGAUCCCAUCAUAUUUUCUUGCAUGGCGAUGUAUGGAUCGAUUUGGUCGACGUUGGGUGCUCUGCAUUUGCAUGAGCAUUGGAGGAUUAGCUUGCAUCAGUUGCUUGUUUGUCCCAGAAGCAUCUCCUUGGAUCACGGUUUCCUUGUCUAUGUUUGGGAGACUGCUCAUCGCAGCAUCGUUUGCAGUGUUUUAUGUUCAAAUCGGUGAACUGCUACCGACCGUGGUGAGAGCACAGGCAAUGGGUGCAGCUUCUUUCAUAUCAGGAUUGGGACUACUCGCAAGCCCCUACAUAGCAUAUCUGGCAAUUUACGGGAGAGCACUACCGUUCAUAGUGAUGGGAAUACUUAGUGUUGUUGCUGGAGUUUUAUCACUAUUUUUGCCUGAAACAUUAAAUCAGACUUUGCCUCAAACUUUAGAAGACGGAGAAAUGUUUGGAAGAAACUUUAAAUUACUAAGUUGUGUAGAAAGACCUAAAAGAAGUAUUAAUUCAGGCGAUUUGGACUGAUGUGUUAAAGUAUUAAGUUUGAUACUACAUUAAUGUCGCUCAAAAAUAUGUUUAGAAAAUUAAAAAUAAAUAAUUAAUUAAGUUAAAUAGGUUUAAUUUUAUAGGAAUUAUGAAUUUUGUAAAUAACACUUUAAAAAGAUUCCAUAAUCGGAUGACGGCAUGACAAUUUAAGUAAAAGAUAAUUGUAACCAAAAUAGAGUGAAAUUCAAAAUUAAAAUGAAUUCCGUCGAGGCAUCGAAAAAUAUGUACUUCUGAAAGUCGAAAAGUUAUACUAUAGGUUUACGAAACUACGACAAGAAAAUGUAUGGUGAAACUUUUAUGCCAUUCCAAUUAUUAUGUUUAUAACAGUAUGAGAAAGAAAUUUUAUCCGUCAGGACACAAGCGGAUGGCAAAAUUUUGUAUUGUUAUAUUUUGUAAUAUUUUUUUGUAUAUUUUGAUCAAUAUCGUGUUAUCACAAAAAUUAAGUGUAUUACUGUCAAUGAAAUGUGAUGACCUAAUUGGUACCACAAUUUGAGUAAAGUGCUAACAAAUAAAUUAAUAUAACAUAGGCUUUGUAGCAUUAAUGUACCGUUGAUUUGAUGAAUUAAAAUGUUGUAGUUAUUUAUGUCAUGAAAAACAUCAGAUUGGUUUUACUCUUAGGCAAUAAUCUUGCAUUUAUAUAAAAAAACUAAAAUAAAAAUGCAUUUGCAUACAAACAUAUUUAGGAAGUGUGUUUGAAAGUGUUUCAAAAAUAAAUCUGUGUCCUAUUAAUAUUAGGAGUAAGUGGCUUGUACAAACAACCAAUCAAAUACUUUAACAUGAGACUCACUUUACGUAAAAAUCAGUCAACCUAAAGCCAGAAACAUAUUAACGUGUCGUGUCGUGGCCCGCCAGAAGCACAUAGGCUUCAUACAUUUACUAUAGUUAGAGACAUAAUUAUUUACGUGUCGUGUCGUGUCGACGCUCUAACCUCUCUCUUUCUCUAACCCAUAAUAAAUGUAUGAAACUGAUACGUCACGACACGCCUGGAUACGUUAAUAUAUUUCUGACUUUAGAGGAAACUUCUGCAAACGAGAGUAGAGCUAGAAACGAGUUAGCGAGAAGCGAGUGCGUAAUUCCGAUAGUUUUAUCGCUGGGCUGUAAGUGACUGUGCGAGUACGACGGGCAAUUAGUGUCGCCGCAUACGGGCCACACACCAAAGCCACAAACGCGCCAAGAGAAGCUAGAAGCGGCUACUAAAGUUGCUGAAGCGUGCGACACCGGCCGACUAAGGUAAGGGAGAGAGGGGUGGGGAUUCGCGCCAGUGACGUGUGGCGGCGAUUUGUAUCGGCGCAUUAAGUGGCCGGUGCGGGCCACAAGAAGCGAGCAACGACGAUUUGUAGCGUGUGGCGGCCACCCGCGUACCGUGUGUGGCGAGUCCAUAUAAAAUGUAUGAAAACUAAAAGAAAUAUGCCGGUGGCGGCAUUUUGUGGUUGUGGUCGGUGGCCCGUGUGACACUUACUCACGCCACUCGCUCGCGGAUAUUAUACUGAACGUGUGCACGUUUUCAGGCGAACAUCGCUGGGGCAGUUUCGCUGAGUGAGUAGCUCUUGAUGGUCAGCGACAAACUAGUGGAGACACUUCUCGCUGGAAGUGUGAACAGUCAGCAAUCAACUAGUUAUCUCUUUUGUUUAGAUGGAAUGUAUAUCUAUUGUACGUCUCUUGAGUGAGAAAAUAACUUAAAGUUAGUCGCUUACUCGCCGGUGGUAGCAUACCUGUCUUACAUGCCCUAAAUCAAAUUUACCGGAUAACGUAUUUUUUGAUUGGUUGUUAUUUUUUUUGUAGUUAAAUUUUAUUCAAGAAUUGGCCAUAAGUGUUGCGAUAGUGUCGCCGCACACGGGCCACACGCCACAGCCACAAACGCCGCCACGAAAAGAUAGAAGCGGCUACUAAAGUGGCUAAAGCGCGCGAUAGCGGCCGACUAAGGUAAGGGAGAGAGGGGUGGGGAAUCGCGAGAGUGACGUGUGGCGGCGUUUUGUAUCGGCGCAUUAAGUGGCCGGUGCGGGCCACAAGAAGCGAGCAAUGACGAUUUGUAGCGUGUGGCGGCCACCGGCCUAUCGUGUGUGGCAGAAACCUACAAGAAAUACGCAGGUGGCGGCGUUUUGUUUUUCAGUAUUAAUAAAAAGAUGGGGCCAGUGAUUUUUUUAUAAUAGGUUCGAUUCGAUGUAAGUUAUGUAAUGUAAGGGAUUCAUGGAUGAGAUACGUGUCACACAUGUUAUUAUAUGUUUUGAUAUAAAAUAAAAAAAAACUUUCUUAUCCAUUUAUUUUAUUUAUUUUAUAGUGUUGUCACUGGUACCUAGAUAGCAUUAUUUGAAACAGUGGAAUAAGAUGGAGUAUUGUAUGAUUUAAUUUUUAUUGUAUAUGUGAGUUGUUAAUAUUGACUUUUAUAAAAAAAAUAAGGUUUUAAGAAUCAAUUUGCUUGUGAGGUUUUCAAUUUUGUGUAUUAAAUUACACUAAAAUAUUACAGUUGUUCUAGACUGUCUUGUUGGUUAUAAUUGAAAUAAAUGGUCAAACUUAUCUGUGUUAUUUUUUAUAUACCUAUCCUACUAAUACUUAUUAAAAUAACAAAAUAGAUA